CCAUGGGCACGCCAUAUUUUACAAAACGAAUUGCGAAAAUCACGUUGAAGCUGUUGAAAAAAACGUCGUAGUUUCCCUAAACGAACACUUCGAAGUUGAAUUACAUGCGUGGGUAGUUGCAUGUGCGCCGGGCCAACAAUUGCGAGCAGAAGUUCAAUAAUCUCCAAUCGCCGCGAGUGGUACAGCCAAGUGGAAGAAGAAGCAUCAGCUCGACUUCAGGCAGCGCAGCGAGUAAAACAAAAUCCGAAACGUAAAGACACAGACAACAAAAUAAUGAAACAAACAGUAAACAAAAGCGGCAGCAAUAAGCCGAAAGUGCAGUUCCCGCCGGCCACAUCUUCGAUUAUAACAUACAGUCCCAGUAAAUUCCUGAACAGAGUUGGUUCUUCGGAAAACACAGGCACACAACACACCCAAACACACGCACACACACACACAACGGGACCAACAACAACAGCAGCGGCGGCAGCAUCGCUGACGGGCACAGCGAAAACAAACAAAUCGUCGGUGGUCGGUACACCCUCGUAUUAUGUGGUCAAAGCUGGCUCCUUGGGCAGUGCCGCCUCGAUUUCAGGCGCACUAAAAAUGAGUUCGCCGCCCAAGGCUCCCACGGGAUCAGCCAGUGCCAUAAGAUCCCCCACACAAUCGAUACACAUCAGCCCCGGAUCGGUGAUAGUGACAACGGCCCCCUCAACGCCCACAGAGAGUUCCAGCACCAUUUCGGCUCCCAGUGAAUCGUCAUUUGGCGAGAAAAUGGAACACAGUUAUAUACGCGAUGUGCCACGUAACGAGGUAUCCAAUGGCCUGGCACUCACACGCCACAUCCUGGUUAACCAUCCGCCGCAGUGCACCAAUUGCCAUACAUAUCCGCAGCAGGAACAGGAGCCGGAGCAGACACAUGCCCCACCCUACGAUGAGAUAUCCGCCAAGGAAUCGAUGAACGAGUGCGCUAGAAUCUCCAAGUAUGUGAAGAAUGUUAAUUCCGAUGAGCAGGACUGGGUGGCACGCAUAAAUCAAUCUACAUGGAGCCCGAUACAAAAGACACUGUUCGACCGGGUUAGCAGCAUACUCGAUAUGGAUCAGUUGGCGCGUCUGGCCAACGAUAAGCGCCAGCACGAGGCUGUGCAUCGUCGUGUGAGCGUGGACAAGUCCGCUUCCCGGAUGCGUCGGGCCUUGGGCAGCGUCGCCUGGGAUCAGCGCAUCACUCAGUGGCUGCAUACACUGCUGAUGCAGUCCCUGCCGCCCUCGUACAUGGCCUCCUAUCUGGACAUGAUGCAAACUUUGAAAACCAAGCUGCCAACUCUGAUGGACAAGCUGCUGUUUAGUCGGCCGCUUAGCAAUAACCAGGAGCUGCUCGCUCCCGUAAUGAAGAAGCGUUGGGAGCCAAUUAUUCUGCCAAAGAAUCGUCAGCUGCCGCACAAUGCCAUCAUGGUGGUGCUGUCCAAUAUGCCUGCCAGCAGCCAUGUGCCUGAACGGAUGAGCAAAUGGUAUCGCUCCCUGGCCACAAUCUGUCAGGUUGUCCAAAUCACAUUGCCCAACACGAACAAUAGGAUUGCAAAUCAAAAUCUGGAUCAGGUGGCCGAAGUCAUUGUGUGCCUCACGCGUGUCCGCAUCAACGAGCUGCGUGCCGAGAAUCCUACACGUGGCAUCAUCCUGGUCGGCUUCAAUGCCGGCGCCUCACUGGCCCUACAGGUGGCCCUCUCGGAGAGCCUGGCCUGUGUCGUCUGCAUGGGCUUUGCCUACAACACAUUGCGAGGUCCUCGUGGCGCACCCGAUGACCGAAUUCUGGACAUCAAGGCUCCCAUUCUGUUUGUGAUUGGGCAGAACUCUGCACGCAGCAGCCAGGAGGAAAUGGAAUCGCUGCGCGAGCGUAUGCAAUCGGAAACUUCGCUGGUGGUCGUCGGCAGUGCGGACGAUGCCCUGCGAGUGCCCAAGAGCAAGCGACGCAUCGAGGGCGUCACCCAAUCCAUGGUGGAUGCCAUGGUGGUGGACGAAAUCUAUGAGUUUGUGAACAAAACACUGAUGGAUCCUCCGGGUCCGCGUGUACCCACGGCCCUUCCCAGCCAAGGCAUACAGCGCGGCCAAUACAAGGUGCAGGGCGUGGCAUACGACAAGGGAGGAGUAGGAAACCAGCAGAAUCGCAAGCGUAAGGUUGAUGGUGGGCUGGACGAGAGCGGAAUGCCGAAUGCCAAGAGCAAGUUUGUGCCACACAGCCGCAGGCCGAAGGCAUCGCGUCUCGUUGAUCCAUUUGCUCCCAAGCGAAAGGUUUUACCCCCUCCAGUUGGAAGACCUCGCACACGCCCACUGCCACAGCCGAAUGCAGCCACUCUAGCUGGCUCUGGCUCUGGCUCUGGUUCUGGCAUCCCGCACAAUGGUGUAAUCGACGCAGAGACACUAAAUCAAUCCAUUGAAUUCAUACUAGAUGACAGUCUGGACAGCGAUGAUGCUGCAACGGCAACUGGAUCUGGGUCCCUAACAGGAGUAGCUGCUGGAUUGCUGAUACCCAAGGUGACCGCAUCCGGGGCUGGUGGAGCCAUCAAGUCGCUUCCGACGACGGUUAACUUGGCCGCUGGCACCAAAAUCAAGAUGAUACCCUCCAAUCAGUUUGUCCAACUCAAAUCCCUGACGCCUCAAAGCAAACUGAUCAAUUAUACGAUGAACAAGCCUACCACAGCGGCCACCAUUGGCAGCAUUGUGAAAACUCUGCCCAGCUCCACCGCGGGCGGACAACAGUACUUCACCCUCAAGACGCCGACGGGGCAGACAACGAAAUUUGUGGCCACCGCGUCGCCAGUUGGCGCUGCAACAUCAACAGGAGGAGCGGCGCCACCGCAACAAAAGUAUACGGUGUUCAAGAAUGCCAGCGGCAUGACCAUGCUGCAGUUGAACAAGAAUCAGUCAGGCAAUGUGGAUCUAUCGAGCAUCAUUGAUAUGCCGAUUGUGUUUGCCGACAAUGAGGGCAACAUACCCGAAGGACAGAAGGAUCCAAAGAUAGUGCCAGCCACACCCGGUCGCAACUCCAACAGCAAAAGUCCAAUCAUUAUCAGUCAGAAGAUAAUCAAGGAUAGCGCCAAGCCAAACAGCUCUCCGCUCGUCACUAAAGUGGGCAACAACAUUGUCCUCAACAAGGGUAUCCAGCAGCUGUUCACCAACCCACAAGGUGGCACGACUACCACAAUUGGUGGCCACAACAAGGUGGUCAUUCUCAAUCGGAAUCAGAUGAAGCCGAUGGGCAAUAUGGUAACGCCAGGUCAGCGCCUGCCCAUACGCAUUGUCAGCAGCACUCCGAAGGGUGCCUCUGUCAACAGUAGCAGCCCUGGCAGUACGCUCGUGCUAGAUCCCGCCACAGGAUCCCUAAAACCCAUGAAUGUGCAGGCGAUCAAGUCGGCGACAACAGCGUCGACCCUACCCUCGGGCACACUCCGUCAUACGGGCAACAUUAGCGUGGGCAACAAGACGUACCCACAGUUUCAGGUGAUCAACAGUGGCAGCCCGGGAACGCAGCAAAAGUCCACAACAGUGGCGGGAGAUGGCAAGAUGCCCAUUGGGAAUGUGAGCAUCAAGUCUGGCACAGGCAUCAAGCAGGUCCCCGUGCUGAUGCUGGCAAAUCGUACGUCUGCUGGGUCGUCUCCAGCAUCCACCACUCCUGGCGGCGCAGCCGUACGCCGUGUCGUCAAUAUUUCCUCUAUGGCCAAGCUGAGUCCUAGCCAGGCCACCUCAGACUCGAAGGUUGUCAAGCUACAACCGACCAGCCUGUCAAUUUCAAAGCAGAGUCAGAAGUAGAACUAGACCAUCCCGAAAUACGCCUACUUUGUGCGUACAUCGAAUCGUACAAUUUUGUAUAUAAUUGUGUACGAGCUUCCCAAUUAACUUAAGUUAGUUCUAAUUUUUAAUUCAUCUUUGCAGCCGCCAUGUAGAUUGUUGCUUGAUAAAAUGUUA